AUGACGAUUUCCACCCGUACCCCUCCCUCUGGCCCCCGUGCGGGCGGGCAACGGGCGCGGGGAGCGCGCGUGGGGGGCGGGGGGCGGGGGGUCCCGGUCGAGGUGGCGGGGCCUUCGCUCCCUGCCCCCGGGCCACCGGGCCAAUGGCGCCGCGGCGAGGCCUGGCCCGACCCGGGCUCAGUCGCGACACAGCCGCGACCCUUGACACACGGGUGCGCGCCCGCCGUUUCGCGCGCAGUGACAUCAACCGGCACCAUCACGCACGGCGCGUUAGUGUACGGCGGGGUCGGCGGUCCGGGGCUCUGCCCGCGUGGCCCCGACCUCCCGCCGCUCGAGCUCGGCUUCCGCGGUCCUUGGCGCGAGGACGAGCUUCUGCCUUCGACUCCUGCCAGCCAGGCCGCGUCCACGCAGAGCGGAUCCUCCGCCGCCGAUAAGGGCCAGAACGUCGAGUGCGUCGUCUGCGGGGACAAAUCCUCGGGCAAGCACUACGGCCAGUUCACGUGCGAGGGUUGCAAAUCAUUUUUCAAGAGAUCAGUCCGACGAAACCUGACAUACUCCUGUCGGGGCAAUAGGAACUGUCCUAUCGAUCAACACCACAGGAACCAAUGCCAGUACUGCAGACUCAGAAAAUGUCUCAAAAUGGGCAUGAGGAGAGAAGCGGUACAAAGAGGCCGAGUGCCACCGACGCAACCCGCGGGACUUGCACUGCCCGGCCAGUUUGCCCUCACGAACGGCGACCCGGCCGGAGGCCUCAACAGCCAUCCCUACCUCUCCUCCUACAUAUCACUCUUGCUCCGAGCCGAGCCCUACCCGACCUCGCGAUACGGCCAGUGCGUCCAGCCCACCAAUGUCAUGGGCAUAGACAAUAUCUGCGAGCUGGCAGCGAGGUUACUCUUCUCCGCCGUCGAAUGGGCGCGAAACAUCCCCUUCUUCCCCGACCUCCAGGUCACCGACCAAGUCGCGUUACUACGACUCGUGUGGUCGGAGUUAUUCGUCCUAAACGCAUCCCAGUGUUCGAUGCCUCUCCACGUGGCGCCUCUGCUCGCCGCUGCGGGCUUGCACGCCUCGCCUAUGGCGGCGGACCGCGUGGUCGCCUUCAUGGACCACAUACGAAUCUUCCAAGAACAAGUGGAGAAGCUGAAGGCGCUUCACGUGGACUCGGCGGAGUACUCCUGUCUGAAGGCGAUCGUCCUCUUCACGACAGAUGCGUGCGGUUUAUCCGACGUGCCGCACAUAGAAAGCUUACAAGAGAAAUCACAAUGCGCUCUAGAAGAAUACUGCAGAAGUCAGUAUCCCAACCAACCGACAAGAUUCGGCAAACUCCUGCUCAGACUUCCCUCUUUAAGGACCGUCAGCUCACAAGUAAUAGAACAACUAUUCUUCGUCCGUCUCGUCGGGAAAACUCCUAUAGAGACAUUGAUAAGAGAUAUGUUAUUAUCCGGAAGUUCAUUCUCCUGGCCGUAUAUGGCGACCAUGUGACAUUCGAUGUGGCGACAGCUCGCGGCGGCCUGAUCCUCGCCGUACGGCUUCUCGCCGUACCUGCCUCAGUUCAACUUCCAGAGAUAUAGUGAGGCGCAAGAGGACGCGGUGACGUCAUCCACCGAGCUCCACGAACAGUCGGAGGAAUACUUUAGAAGAGAGAAGGCCGAUUGUCCGACUUUUGAACAGACAUUCUACGCGUCAAAAUCGACGGAGUCCGAAGUGUUCGAAGCGACGACAUCGGAGUCAAAAAACAAGACGUCUUUGAUGAUUGACAACCUAUUGAAUCUUAGGCAAGAAUCUUGCUCUUUAACGGACAUUAAGUAAAGUGGGUCAGUAGAGUUAAUUAGUUGAUUUUGUUCCUUUGUACAAAAAAAAAUUAAAUUAGGUUAGUUGUAAUAUUUAAUGAUGUAAAUAAAAUGUUUUUAUUAUUGUAAAUGUACCGAAUGUAAUAUAAUGAUUAGGGUACGAGAGACGUGUUCUAUAGAUAUCGUGGUUUCGACAAAAUGUUUCCUUCUUAGGAAUUGAUUUAGGUUUCGGAAAUAAAAACUUUUUAUACGCAAUACUUUUUAGUGAUUGUUUCUUUUUUUAAAUCUAAGAGCAAUUGUUUGAAAGCAAUGAAAAUCGAUCGUGCAAUCUUGGUGUGUAGUUAUCUAUUAUAAUAUAGGGGUAAUAGUAAUUUUGGAGGUCUUUGAAAACCUAUUUUUAUUUAAUUAAAAAAAAUCUGGAAGAAAUUUAUUUGAAAUUGAAAAUACAUUCAGUUUGAAUUUAAA